AUGAAGAAGAAAUUGGCACUGGAGGAGAAACCUCUUUUUAACGUCGUCACGGUCUAUAGAGAGAGAGGAAAUUACUUGCAACGCCACGAGCAGUUCGAGAAAGCUAUACAUGCAUACACUGAAGCGCUACGGUGGAACGAUUCAGAUGUACGUUCUCUACUGGGACGCAGCUUGGCCCGAGCCCGAUCCACUCAUUAUGCUGGAGCCUUGGAAGAUGCCGCUAGAGCCGCUGAACUGGAGCCGGAAAACCUGUCAGCGCUGCAAAUGCGCGCUCAGACUGAGUAUGAGAAGUGUGCCUUUGAACGUUCGUUGCUUUUGGCGCAUCGAGGACAACGCUUGAGGAGGUUCCCACCCAACUUCGCUUUCGUUGCCCGCAUCGCUGAAGAGACGAUCCGCGAAUGUGUCAAUAGGAACGCUAGGAAGGUAUUAUCUUCAGUUUCCUUCAUUCGGAGACUGGAAUUCAAGAUGGCUGACGUCGACCAGUACGCUCCAAAAGUUGUAAUCCGGCAAAGUCGAAUGCACUCGAACCCGACUCCUCAGUACCAAGAAAUGAAUCGAGUGGAGAAACACAAGGCUCGCCACAUGUCUCGACUCAUGGCUUCCAAGUACCUGGAACGUAUGGCCCACGACAAGUACUUCCUUCAGAAAUUACACAAAGACGAGAGACUCAUAUCUGCCAAUCAAAAAGACUCUUUAAAACUGCAAGAACUGGCCACUUGCGCCUUAACAGACAUUGAAAAACGACAAGAAGUCCUUCGUGAGCGUUGUCCUUUUUACGCGGCUCGUGCAUCCGAAUCAGCAGCCCGGGCCCGUCUAUCCGAGACUCGAAAGAAACAAUUGAAAAGAGCACAGAAACAAAAUAUAAUUGACGCCAAUCGCCUGUUGGCCGCUGCAGAAGCGAUGCUCGAGAAACGUGAAACUGCUAAAUGUAUUGAGAAUGCAGAGUUUGCUAUGGAACAGAUUUCAAGGAAACCAGCAAACAUGAUACCUGGGAAAGAAAAGUUCUUGCACACGCUACAGAAUAUUGUUGCAAACGCAUUCUUGGAUCAGAAACGAGUCAGCAGUAGAAUGAGCGAAUCUGACCGUGAGAAGAGAGCGUUUGCUCUGCUUGGGAUAGCUCUGUCAAGGGAACCAAGUAGAGAUUCGGUGUUAAAAGUCCGACCACCGGAACCUCCACGAGAUGCCAAACGCCGUCUACGAGCUCUAGAAAUGGCGUUGAGUUUGAGCGCUCGCCCGUCUGAACGCUGCUACCUCUUGCACGAACUCGCUCGCUUGCAUAUUGAUACCAAACAGAGCAUCAAGGCCCGCUUUUAUGCAUACAAGUGCCAAGCAGAGGCACGUGCAGCCAGCCAACGUUUGUGGCUGCUGAAUGCCUGUUUUCUCCUCGCCCGUGGCCACGUGAUGUCGAACAACCGCCCCGAAGCACGUGCAUCGUUGAUCGAAGCGGCAUCCCUCGCGCGCUCCUACAGAAUGCCAGAAGUUGCUGAAUUCUUUGACACGUGCAUAAACGUGUCCACGGAAGGCGAGGUUGAGAUCACAGAGGCAUGUAUUGAGAAACGAGAGAAGGCCAUGGUCGGGUUGAUGCAAGACGACGACAUGAAAAGUGAAGCUCAACAUUUGUUCAGGAAGAUGUCGACUUUGCCUGCACAAAGGAGAUUCUCCAUACUGCCAGGUGCUCGUAUAGAAGACAAAGGCUAUCAAGGUAGUAAACGUCGGCAAUCGAUAAAUCCUGCAGCGGCACAGCCUACGGUUUCUCCAAUCAAAGAUAAGGACCGCCAUCCCCUUGGCUUCCAAGACUUUGACAUACUGUGA